GAACGUGGAAGAGUGGGAUUUGACGGGGAACGUGAAAAUGCAGAGAGAAGAGAAGCAGCUUGAGGCUUGCCUGGAUGCCCUUAUAUCUCAAGUUUCUGACAUCAAGAACUCUUUGGUUGGCUUUAUACAUAAACUUGAAAAUGAGUUUGACCGCCUGACAUGGCCCUCUGUACUAGAUAGCUUUGCACUGCUGUCUGGGCAACUGAACACACUGAACAAAGUGCUUAAAAAUGAGAAGACUCCUCUUCUAAGAAACCAGGUCAUCAUUCCACUUCUUUUGUCUCCUGACAGAGAUGAGGAGAUCAUGCGUCUGACAGAGGGUAGAGUUCCAGUGUUUAGCCAUGAAGUGGUACCAGAUCACCUGAGGACAAAACCAGACCCUGACGUGGAAGAGCUAGAAAAACAGCUAAGUGCUGAAGCAGCCCGUAUCACCACUGAGGCUGCACAGAAACAAGUUCAAAGUAUGAACAAGAUGUGUUCCAAUCUGUUGGAUAAAAUUAGCAAAGAAGAGAGAGAAUCUGAACUUGGAAGUUUAAGACAGAACAAGCAAACAUUUAACCCUACUGACACAAAUGCACUUGUAGCUGCUGUGGCAUUUGGAAAAGGACUUUCAAAUCGUCGACCACCAGGACAAGGUGGCCCUAUUGCUCCAGGACAGACGGGAGCAAGUGGCAUGCUUCCAAGUGCUGCAGGCAUGCAACAGGUUCCAAUGUCAUUGCAAUCAAACCAACAGCAGCAACACAUGGCUGGAGUAUCAAUGUCACAGGGCAACCAGCCAGGUAAGAUGCCUAGCAGCAUUAAAACCAACAUCAAAUCUGCGUCAAUGCACCCAUAUCAGCGAUGAAAACUUAUAAUACAAAACUUGUUCUGACGGAACACUUAAAGGAGUUAUGAGACUAAAAGGAAAUAUCGCCUACUAUAGUUGUUUGUCAUUGGCUACAUUUUGCAAUCUUUAUGUUUCACUUGUCCAUCCUGUGUGGACUGGACAGUAUUCAGAACUGUUGGAUAUUAUGUAUUAUAGCAAAAAGGGAAAAGUCACUCCUGUUUUUGUAAAAUGACACUUAUUUUUUUUUUUUAUGUGGAAUUUUUAUUUAAGUACACAGGAGUAACUUUUGCAUAAUUUUUUCUGGUAUUCUGCAUGCAAUGUUAUUGUAAAAUAAAAUAUUUUUAUAAAGU